AAACAGAAGCCAAUACUGAAGAAAUUAUUGGAAUUAAUACCAAAGAAAUAAUUGAAGUAAAUCAAGAAAUUGAAGAAAGGAACCAUGCUGAACAGAAUCCCAAAAAGUUGUCGAAAAAGGCCCUAUAG